GAGAGAGAAGAGAUUGACGGUACGUUCACACGCCUUACAGGACCAUUCUUCAAACCCAUCACUAUCAUCUCUAUCCAUUCUCAACUUUCUCCAUUUCCUCUUCCUUACUUCUCAUCUCUGACAAAGCGGUUCCUCUUGUGAAAUUUAUUCUAAGCCAAGUGACCUUGUAAGUGGUUUCAUUUGAAGGCAUUGAUUCCAUUUGACAUCACAAGCCGUGUUCCAAAACUGCAUUAAGUCAUGACUUGUUUUCAUUUUGUAUUCGGUAAGAAAGUGUCUUCUACAACAAGAAGAGAUCCAGACAUUGAUGAAGAACUUUCAGGCAUGCAAAAUGUAAGAGUCUAUACCUACAAAGAACUAAGUAUUGCCUCGGACAAUUUCAGUCCAGCUAAUAAAAUCGGGGAAGGUGGUUUUGGUUCUGUCUAUAAGGGAUUGUUAAAAAAUGGAAAAUUUGCUGCUAUAAAAGUUCUUUCAGCUGAAUCAAGUCAAGGGGUGAAUGAAUUCAUGACAGAGAUUAAUAUGAUAUCAGAAAUAGAGCAUGAAAAUUUGGUUAAGCUAUACGGUUGUUGUGUAGAAGGAAAUCACCGAAUAUUAGUCUACAAUUACCUUGAAAACAAUAGCCUUGCACAAACUCUUCUAGGUGGAGGUCACAGUAAUAUCCACUUCAAUUGGCGAACACGAUCUAGGGUGUGCAUUGGGGUUGCACGUGGGCUUGCUUUUCUUCAUGAGGAAGUAAGUCCACAUAUUAUUCACAGGGAUAUAAAAGCAAGCAAUAUUCUUCUUGACAAAGACCUUACACCAAAGAUUUCAGAUUUUGGUCUUGCAAAGCUUAUUCCAUCAUACAUGACUCACGUCAGCACGCGUGUAGCAGGAACAAUAGGUUAUUUGGCACCAGAGUAUGCAAUAAGGGGGCAACUGACACGUAAAGCAGAUAUUUACAGUUUUGGUGUCCUACUUGUGGAGAUAGUCUGUGGGAGAGGUAACACAAAUACACGAUUACCACUAGGAGAUCAAUAUAUUCUAGAGAAGACAUGGGAACUUUAUGAACGAAAGGAACUGAUAGGGUUGGUAGACGUAUCACUAAACGGGGAAUUUGAUGCAGAGGAGGCUUGUAAAUUUCUGAAAAUUGGCCUUCUUUGCACCCAGGAGACUCCAAAGCUAAGGCCGUCCAUGUCUUCUGUGGUCAAGAUGCUCACUGGAGAAAUGGAAGUUGAUGAAAUUAAGAUAACAAGACCAGGCUUGAUUUCAGAUAUUAUGGACCUUAAAAUCAGAGAACACAAAAGUAAUCUUGAUAUGAAGACUUCAUCUUCAUACAAUGCAUCCUCUGACUCAGACAGCCAGGGGACAAUUGUGUCAUUAGCUGCUUCAAGUGCUGCAACAACAACCUUUACUAUAAAAUACGAUGAAAGCAUGUAAAAACCAGCUGUCAAUGAUUUGCCCUUUGAUUUAAAUUUAUUUAUUUAUUUUUCUGAGGCAUGUUAUCUCAUGUAAGUUUCCAACGGUCCGCUAGUUUGUGUUAUUUUAUUUUAUUUUUCUUUUUGUUGUGAUGCUGUGUGACUAUAAACUUCUACCAAAUUGUACUUUAUUGUACAUAUGACCAUAAAUUUGGAGAUCUUUUCAUUUUUAUGACAUUUUGUGUCGCCCGUGGAAAUAAGCUAUGCAGGACUGGCUUUGCUAAUAAAACUGUCAACGUAA